AUGAACCAGGCUGUUGCGAUGCAACAUCUUGCAGAGCAGAUAUGCAGAGUGACGCUAUGGGACAGGGGCGAGGUGUCUGCUGCUGCCAAGAACCUCCUCCGGUCCAUCCAGCAGCCCCCCUACUCGAUCCAGGCAGACACAGUCUGCUGUUACUCCCUCACGAGGUGCCACUCCGGAAGCAGCAGCCAUGACGGCUAUGCAUCUAGUGACGGCGGCGGCACUCCAACUCCAACCAGAAGCAAUGGGCGGCAGCUUCACUAUCCGUCACAUGCCCACAUGGACCCUGGCCCUGUCCGACUCAUCCUGCCGGGCUCUUUGGCCCAGCUAGAGGACGUUAUCCGCAACUGUCAACUGGCUUUUGGACCUGAUUACAAACAAGUGCUACUCCAAGCAUUCUCGGCCAACUCACAUACAUGGAGCAGGUUUUUCUGUGAACCGGACAUACCAUUGGUUCUUCGUGGAAGAACAGUGGAUCCUUCUGAGCAUACAGAAGAAUUGACCACUAUGUUGAAAAUCAACACCCAAGUCCUCUGUUUGAUGAAACACCAGUUAUGUGAGCAGAGUCGAUCAUUUGAGGAGUUAAAAAUAGGAUACUUUGUGCAGUUUGCAAAGUGCCCUAUCAAGGAGCUCUUGGAGAUUGCAGUCUGUCUUAGCGAGGCAGUGUGGCCUCCCACCCGUAUUCCUCCAAUGCUGCUUGCCUGUGAGGCACUUAAGGAUGUCCUUCCUCUUAUAGAAAAGCUUCCUUCCAGUGAAUCUGGUGACUGCCUUUCCAAUAUUUCGCACAACAUGAGAGAGGCUUUCAGGAGAUUAAUGGACCAUACCAAGCACCACAUAGAAUCCAAUAUGAAAAAGCAUCAGGAUGACAUUAUUCAUCCAAUGACAUGUUUCCUCAUAUGCUCAGUGAGAUCCUUCCGCAGUCACAGAAAUUUAGUGCAAUCCACUCUUGCCCCUGGUGAUGACUGCAACUCAUUUGGCCAUCUUCUGCAUGACGUGAUUACCUGCUGGAAAUCUGGGCUCACUGAGUAUGCAAACAUAUAUCAUGCAGAUGUGCAGCAGCGAUGCAUUUUCCUAUUGAACAACAGAGACCAUUUUAAUAGGAAGACAGAUGGCCUGUUGAAUGAGUUGCUAUCCGAUUGGCAGAUUGUUGAGCAGUAUGAUAAUGAGUUCAAGUUACUCUUGAUUAAGAGAUAUACAGAUGAGGCCUGCGCUCCGGCCAAGUCUUGUUUAAAUCGCAGCUCCUGCUGGUGGUGGGGCAGUCAGCGUCCAUCCUUAGACGCGUUUACUUCGAAAUUCAACGAGACUUUUGAUCUUCAGAGAACUUGGAAGGUUCCCGAUGUUGCCCUACGGCAGGAUCUGAGAGAUAGCAUAGAGGAGUGCAUCCUGUCAGACUACACAAGGUGUCUCGAGAACUGUUCAAGUUCGGGGCUGUUUUGUUCAUGCUUGCAGAUAGAUUCAGUAGGGGAGAUAUAUACCACAGAGAGCUUGCAAACAACGGUGCAGACCUUAUUUGAAGGAUGCUGA